AAGGCAGAAGGGCAGGAAGUCGGUCUUCUGCAGGGAGGGUGGCGGGACCGCGCAAGGGACGGAGUCUUCCUUAUUUAUGUGUCUGCCAGCAGCCGCCUUCUUCAUCCGAAGACUUCAGGGAGUGUCUCCGACCUGCGAUCCCCGCGUGUGAGGCACGGAAGGGCUGGAUGUCAGAACAUCAUGGUUACCCAUUAAACUCCAAACUUUUCUUUUUUUAACCCAAAGAAUAUCGGUGAUUUUUGUCCACUGCUAGGAGGAGAAGAGAGAGCCCAGGGCUCCUGAAAUGCAGCAAAAUCCUUAUUUAUAAGCAGGCCUGAGGUAGUGAUAUGCAAAACCCCUCUACUCCGUGAAUAUUCUAUCCUAUGGAUAUCAGUCUUGAGAUUUGAGUUGGAGAGUGGUACCGUUUGCACUGGGUCUGGCCGCCUCCUUCCUUUCAAUGCCUGGUUUUCCCUGGGAUUGCUGGGCUUCCCUGGAGAUCAGAGCGGUCCUGUGUGCCAUGGGCUGUAUUCAGAGCAUUGGGGGCAAAGCCAGAGUCUUCCGGGAAGGUAUCACGGUGAUUGAUGUGAAAGCCUCUAUCGACCCCAUCCCCACCAGCAUUGACGAGUCCUCCAGCGUGGUCCUCCGCUACCGGACACCACAUUUCCGUGCCUCGGCCCAGGUGGUCAUGCCACCCAUCCCCAAGAAGGAGACCUGGAUAGUUGGCUGGAUUCAGGCCUGCAGCCACAUGGAGUUCUACAACCAGUACGGGGAGCAGGGCAUGUCCAGCUGGGAGCUCCCGGACCUCCAGGAGGGCAAGAUCGAGGCCAUCAGUGACUCGGACGGGGUGAACUACCCCUGGUAUGGCAAUACCACGGAGACGUGCACCAUCGUGGGCCCUACCAAGAGAGACUCCAAGUUUAUCAUCAGCAUGAACGACAACUUUUAUCCCAGUGUCACGUGGGCCGUGCCCGUCAGCGAGAGCAACGUGGCCAAGCUGACCAACAUCUACCGGGACCAGAGCUUCACCACGUGGCUGGUGGCCACCAACACCUCCACCAAUGACAUGAUCAUCCUGCAGACACUGCACUGGCGGAUGCAGCUCAGCAUCGAGGUGAACCCCAACCGACCCCUAGGCCAGCGCGCCAGGCUGCGGGAGCCCAUUGCCCAGGACCAGCCCAAGAUCCUGAGCAAGAACGAGCCAAUCCCGCCCAACGCCCUGGUCAAGCCCAAUGCCAACGACGCUCAGGUCCUCAUGUGGCGGCCCAAGUACGGGCAGCCGCUGGUGGUGAUCCCACCCAAGCACCGAAAACAAAACCAGAGACAGACGCUGCCCAAGGAGCCCCUACUGUCCCCCACACAGUGGAGUCCCUCCGCCCCAGUACCUACAGAGAGGCGCUCUGAGCCCUGGCUGGUGAGACCCGCCGGUGGCGGCUUCUCUCCUCUCUCUUCUUGGCAGCCUUAAUUUGCCUCGGGUGGGUCUGGGAGGAGAGAGGGAGGGUCCCAGGAGCUAUAGGAUGAGCCCAGAGAAUUUUCACCCUCUCAGUCCUUGGUGCCACCCAAGGGUAGGUCCACUAGCACCCUCCCCUAAGUGUGGGGAUCCCCCGCCCCCCCCCCCCCACAGUGUUCCCAAAUGCCUGGAAGGCCAGCCACCUUGACAGACAGGACACAGCCCCGGUUUUAGUUACCAAGGUCAGAAAGGCGUGGACUUCCCUUCUUGGAACUGCAUUGUCCAACUUUAACCUGGUGGGCUUCCUUCACCAGCAUCCUCCAGUGUACUUCAGGAGCCGGGACUGACUCCUGGCUGCUUCUCAGGGGACACACACCUCCCAGGCUCUCCUGGGGAGGCUGCAGGCGGGUUCAGUGGAGCACUCUGAUGGGGGUGGGAGGGAAGCUUUGGAGCCAUCGGCGUUCCUGGAUCUGGGAAGCCCUGGGGACGACAGUCUGCAGGGACCCCUGCUUGUUAUCCCCGAAGAAAGAAACCCAGGCCCAGGGUGGGGGUGUUUGAAUGGCCUCAGCGUUGAGAGAACUCAGAGCUGCUCAGGAGGCUGCUGCCUGAGGACACUGUUGGGGUGGCCAGUCCUUGAGGGCCACCCUCCCUGGGGUCUUGGCUCUCUGGAGCCCCAGGACAGUCCUGAGCAGCACCAAGUUUCCUCAGCAAUAUCAGGCUUGAAGGCUGUUUGCAGGAUCUAUUAGGGUCACACCACGGAAGCCCCGAACCUAGACCCCCACGUUCCUCCAAGCUUGCCAAAACCUAGAGCACCACCACCAGGUCCCCCAUUCCAACUAAUAAUAAUCAAGCACAGAACACUGUUGGGUAAGAAAAAUAAUCCAUUUCUGCUAUAGAUGAGCCACUUGUAGGAAUCUCAGUGACAGCUCGGGAGAGUGCAGGUCACCUAGAGCCUCGCUAUGCUCAUUAUCCAUGUGAUGUUGUAUUUAUUUAAGGGGUGCUUCACAUCCAAUCGCUCUCCCAAGCCAAGCAUGCAACGGGAGACUUGCAGCUACCCUGCAAUGGCCUGGGCUGGGAGCACCGAAGCCACUGUGUGGGAGGCCAGCGAGGGGCUUCGGGGACCCCUGUGUCCCGACCGGGUCCUUCCCCACCAGAAACUGGUGUUGUCCCUUGAACGGGGGAAAAACGGGGUUCCAGCUCUUCCUCUGGGGGCAGGCUGGAGUGAGGAUGGUGUCCCAGCCCCAGGACUACCUCGGGCAGGGCUUGCUCUCCCAAUGGGACGGCCCUUCUCUGCACUCAGAUUUUUCUUGCAGUCAAUAGGAGGAAGGGCCCUGGGCAAGGGGUCAGGAAACCAGGGCUCUGGUUUCCCUGCUGAGGAAUUCCUGCUGGGGUGGAGGUGGGGGAGGGGAGAAGAAUAGUGGGGUGUGGUCCUGAGCCGAGUUGGGGUAAAGUACCCCCCAGUCCUGCCCUUCCGCAGUGUAAACGAGCACGCCGAGGCAGGGGGCCGGCGCUGUGCCCGUUGUGAGGGAUGCAGUGGCGGUUCGGGGUGCAUCUGCUGCGCCCAGCUCCCCCUGCAUGCCCAGCCCCCCACCCACCUUGCUCCCUGGCUCACCGCCCCCCCCAAGCCCCUGCCUCCCCAGCCCUCCUUGCCUCUCUGCAAAGGGCUGCGCAGGCCCGAGAGGCUGCAGGUCCCACAAGGGUCUGCCGGGCCUGGUUCCUCAGCCUCCCUCCUCAGAGCAGGCGCCCGCCCACAGGCCCCGCUCCCCGAGGCGGACACUCACUCCCUCCAGCAAUAAGAACUGUCCUCGGCGUGGAGAGUACUGUGAAAACAAACCAAUGCACUCACUAGGAGGCACAUGGCUCUUGAAGAAAAUGUAAAAUGAAACCUUUUUUAAAAAAAAAAAAAAUUCGUAAA